AGUAAAGCAGCGGAGGCAGCGGUGAAAGGGCGCGCCACCGGGCACCUGAAGCCACCCGGCUACAGCUACUGGCGCGAACUAAGCCGUAGCCCGAGUCCGCUGGGGCUAAUUCCCAUUCAUAAAGAAUGGCGAAGCUUCGUACGUGGGAUCCAGUUGCGCGUGCACAACCACCUCACCGUCGCAUGCAGCCUGACCAUGACGCAGGUCCACAAGCACGAGAUCCCGCGCAAAGCCCUGCAUGUGUCCAUCGGCUUCCUCGUCUUGCACUUCUACUCCCGCGGCUACCAACCCACGCACAUCACCCCCUUCCUCCUGUCCGCCUUCCUCCCCAUCACCUGCGCCGACCUCCUCCGCCACCGCAUCCCCGCUUUCAACGCCUUCUACAUCCGCGUUCUCGGCGCCCUCAUGCGCGAGUCCGAGGUCGACAGCUACAACGGUACCAUCUUCUUUCUCGCUGGGACGUAUCUCGUCCUCCGCGUCUUCCCCAAGGAUAUUGGCGUCCUCGGCGUCUUGCUGCUCAGCUGGUGCGACACCGCUGCGAGCACCUUCGGCCGCCUCUGGGGGAGGUAUACCCCGCACAUCCGUAAGGGCAAGUCGCUCGCCGGCACUGCCGCCGCGAUGUUCACUGGCGUGGCCUCCGCGGCGGUGUUCUGGGGGUAUAUUGGGCCGAAACUUGGCACCCCAUUUGGAUAUGAUGUCGGGGUGAACGCAUUCGCUUUUAAGGGUAUGCUGCAGCUUCCUGGGGCGGUCUGCGGAUAUCUUGGAUGGAACCCAGAGACCGCGAAGGUCACCGGUGGAGUUGCAGUCGGCAUUGCCAGCGUGGUUGCCGGGACGGUGGCGGCUGCGGCGGAGGCGGUGGAUUUGUGGGGUUGGGAUGAUAAUCUGACGAUUCCGGUGCUGUGCGGGGUCGGGCUGUGGGGGUUCUUGAAGACGUUCGGGUAGAGGAUUCUCGAGAGGUCCGAGACUGGUCGGAUAUGAGGACUUGGGUUUGGUUACGGUGCUAGAGUAGACGAAUUGCGGCAAGGCGUUUGGGGUCCUGGUAGACAGCAUGGCGUCAGUCGCUAUAUGGACACUGAUGGCUUUUGUGAGGGAUACCUUUUGGUAUUCGUGUUGGCCCUCUAUGUAUGAUAGAUAGUCAAUAGAAGAUGUAUCAUGUUCCAAUUUCUU